CCCGGGGCCCCACAGUUAAUACCCGGCUCCCUCCCGCCGCGCUAGGUCAGUUCCUGAGCCCGCAGAUCACUCUAUUCCAGACACUGAGACCAUCCGAAGCGGUGCAGACUCUGCCCGCGGCCUCCUAGAGAGCGAGCCCGGGCUGAGGACUGUGCUGCGGACCUGGGGUUCAGCGCGAUUGUGCGUCCCCCGGACCACGGGGACCUUGUUGCAGGCGCCGGGCGGCAGGGAGUUCAGGUGGAUAACUUGGAAGACCAGAAAGCCGAACAGCUGGUGAUGCGGGUAUCUUCAUCUGGAGCCAUGAUUUAACUGUUCAGAUUUCAACAAGAAAAACUUAAGCUUCAUUGGAUUCCCACAUCAAAGAAAAGCUGACAGCUUUCAGAAAGAGUUUUGCUUUGACGAUAAAGAAGAGCCUGCCAACCACAGGAGAGGCCUUGAUGCCAAGUGUUUAGCUGCACUCCCUAAAGUUGCAGAAUUAAGAAAAAUCUUCGAACCAAAGAGAAAAGACUUCUUAGAGAUGAAAAGGAAAGAAAGAAUUGCCAGGCGCUUAGAAGGAAUAGAAAAUGACCCCCAGCCCAUCCUGUUGCAGAGUUGCACAGGGCUGGUGACUCAUCGCCUGCUGGAGGAAGACACACCCAGAUACAUGCGCGCCACAGACCCUGCCAGCCCUCACACUGGGAGAUCUAAUGAAGAGGAAGACACUCCUGGGUCUUCCUUGGAAAAGCAAACUCCAUCUAAAUACUGCACAGAAACUUCGGGCAUACAUAUUUCGGGCUCCAUGGACGUCCACAGUCUGGAGUCCAAAGCAGAAAGGAUUGCACGGUACAAAGCAGAGAGGAGGCGACAGCUGGCCGAAAAGUACGGGCUGACUCUGGACCCCGAAGCUGACUCCGAAUACUUGUCUCGAUAUGCCAAGUCUCGGAAGGACACAGAUGCAGGUGAGAGACGAGGAAAAGGUGACAAACAGGAAGAACCAAGCAAGGGUACCAGUUCCUUGCACUCCAGGGCAGAGCUAGGGCCCAGGACCAGCUUGGUAGAGUCCCAGGACUGUGCCCCUCUGGGGAGCAACAUGUCUGACCAGGAACAGCUGCUCAACUUGGAGAACCAACGGCGAGGCCGAGAGCCCUCGCUGGCAGAAGAUGGUUCGCCUGCCUUCUUUUCUGAGCGAGGCACCUCCUUCCCUGAAGUGCCACGGUCACCAAAGCAAAUGUCCAGCUUACCACUGCAGCAGCCAGCCUCCCCGAGCCACCCCAGUGACCCACCUCUGCCCACGGAGGCCCGAGCCAGUACAGGGAAGGCCACCCAUGAGUGGUUUCUGCAGAAAGAUGCCGAAGGGGAUACACCUUCGCUUAUCAACUGGCCUUCCAGAGUUAAAGUUAGAGAAAAAAUGGUGAAAGAGGAGAGUGCUCGCAGCAGCCCUGAACUCACCUCAGAGUCCUUACCUCAGAGGAGACAGCAGCCAGGACCUGCGCAUUUCCUGUCUAUCCAGUCAGAAAACUCCGCCUUUGAUAGGGUCACCAGCAGGGUAGUGAGCUCACUGCGGCCAAGCCGGAGCUGUGUCUUGCCAGCUGACCCUGUUCAUGCCAUCAAGCUGGUGACCAUGGGCACCCCAGAAAGUGCAUCUGAAUGCAGCUGGGUGGGGCCAGGCACCCCAAAUGUCAUAAAAUCUACCACCUUGAAGAUUCUAGAAGGUGAGUCGAGGGAUGCUCCAGGGCUCCGUAUUUGUGAACCAGAAGCAGAUGAGCUCCCCGCGGAUUCUCUGGAGAAGAGCCCCAAAUCACGCUUGACCUUGGAAGAUGACAGGCUGGCCAGAGGCCACAAAGGCCCCUCUGGUAAUGAAGAUUUAGAUGAGCCCACCGUUCACUCCGUCACCAUAGAACCUGAGAGGGAGAGGCAAGUUCAACAUCAGCCUACUCAGAGAAUUGGCCGGAGUGAAAUGAUUUUGUAUGUUCAGAGCGGUCCUGCGUCCCAAGAUGCCACAUCAACCAGUCACACAAAAGAGGCCUCUUCAAAGAAACGCAAGGUCAUGGCCCGCUCCCUGUCGGAUUACACGGGUCCCCUUCAGUUCCAGGUCCCCAGACAGAAUAAUCCAGCCCCAAAGCAGGAGCUGGAGCUGCAGAGUUCCCGGGCAGAAGGGCCUGGUGCAGAACCUAGCAUGCUGGACACAAGAGUCUCCGUUGCCCAGCUCCGAAAUAUGUUUCUCGAAUCAGCCAGAGCCAGCAAGAAACCUGAACUCCAAUCCCGGGUUGAGAAGUCAGCUGAAGGAAUUGGCUUGCCCACUGAACGGGAGAGAGGGUCUCGGAAACCAAGGCGCUAUCUUUCUCCUGGUGAAAGUAGAAAAACUUCUGAGAGAUUUAGAACUCAACCUAUAACCUCAGCAGAGCGAAAGGAGACAGAUAGGUACCCUUCCGGUUCAGAGAUGCCAAUGGUUGAGGAUGAGGAAAAAGUGGAUGAGCGGGCCAAACUGAGUGUCGCUGCCAAGAGGUUGCUUUUCAGGGAAAUGGAGAAAUCAUUUGAUGAACACAACGUCCCAAAGAGACGUUCCAGAAAUGCAGCCGUGGAGCAAAGGCUGCGUCGCCUGCAGGACCGUUCUCACACCCAGCCCAUCACCAAUGAGGAAGUGGUCAUCGCAGCCACCGAACCUAUCCCUGCUUCGUGUUCUGGGGUCACCCACCCUGUAAUGGCGAGACUUCCUAGCCCCACUGUAGCUAGAAGCACUGUGCAGCCUGCCAGGUUACAGGCGUCUGCUCACCAAAAGGCUUUAGCCAGGGGCCAGGCAAAUGAGGGCAGAGAGUCUGCCGAACCAGGCGAACCUGAUUCCUCCUCUCUGAGCUUAGCAGAGAAAUUGGCCUUGUUUAACAAAUUGUCCCAGCCAGUCUCCAAAGCCAUUUCCACCAGAAACAGAAUAGACGUGCGGCAGAGAAGGAUGAACGCGAGGUAUCAGACUCAGCCAGUCACACUCGGAGAGGUGGAGCAGGUACAGAGUGGGAAGCUCGUCCCUUUCUCCCCCACUGUGAGCACAUCGGUUUCAACCAUGGCCUCUGCAGUUGCUCCCACAUACGCAGGGGACCUUCGGACGAAGACAUCUGUUGAUGGCGGUGCAAGUCCCACUGACUCCCAGUUUCCUUCUCCUGUGGAAAAUUCAGACUCUCCAGUUAGAAGCAUUCUGAAACCACAAGGCUGGCGGCCUCUGGCAGAACACAGUGGGUGCAAAGGAAUGCUGGAGGAGUCUGGAGAGACAGAAGGCAAGAACACUCUGACUGGGGUAGACAGUGGCAUUCAGACACACAGAGCCUUCGAGGAGGAAGCGCAGCCCUCCUACCCCAUCCUUGGCAGAGUCAGAGAUGGUGAUGUCCAGAAGGAGCCUAAACGUGCCAUUCUAAGGAGGGGGAGCUUAGAGUUGGGUAAUUCUCCUGUCACCCACCUUGGUGAUGAGGUGACGGAAUUUUCCGUUGCUAAAAUCAGUUUGCAAGAGAAUCUGGACCUGAAGGACAAGCAGACCUCGGAGGAGAAUGCAGAUGUGGGAAAUGCCACGAGAAAGUUCUCCCUCAAAGCAACAGAGUUUGGAGAACCUGCUUCUGAACAAACAGAGCCGGCUGCCUCUAUUCAGAAGGCAGCCCCAAUGUCCUGGAAGCAGCAAGACUCCUCUGAGCAGCUAGCAGAGAAACUCUUCAAGAACCCCUGUGCCAUGUUUGCUGCUGGAGAGGUCAAAGUGCCAGUGGGAGAGACUCUUCUGGAUUCACCCAGCAAAACUAUGUCAAUUAAAGAAAGGCUGGCGCUCUUGAAGAAGAGCGGUGAGGAAGACUGGAAGAACAGACUGAUCCGGAAGCAGGAAUACGGCAAAGCCACCAGCGGCCUGCACAUCCAGGAGGUGGAGCAGUCCCUGAAGAAGGAGGAAGGAGGAUUUACAGAUGAUAAUGCCAUUUCUAAUCUGCUUUGGCGGGUCACAGAAAGUCGAGAGAGCCAGAUGACGAUUGAGGAGCGGAAACACCUCAUCACUGUGCGAGAGGAAGCGUGGAAAACUAAGGGCAAAGGAGCUGCCAAUGACUCCACCCAGUUCACCGUGGCAGGAAGAAUGGUGAAGAAAGGUCUGGCAUCACCCACAGCCAUAACCCCAGUCUCAUCCCCUCUCUGCAACAAAUCAAGGGGCACCACCCCAGUUUCCAAACCCCUGGAAGAUAUUGAAGCCAGACCAGACAUGCAGCUGGAAUCGGACCUGAAGCUGGACAGGCUGGAGACCUUUCUAAGGAAGCUGAACAACAAAGUUGCCGGGAUGCAGGAGACGGUUCUCACGGUCACUGGGAAAUCUGUCAAGGAGGUGAUGAAGUUGGAUGAUGAUGAGACCUUUGCCAAAUUCUACCGCAGCGUGGAUCACAGUAUACCUAGAAGCCCUGUGGAUCUGGACGAGGACUUUGAUGUCAUUUUUGACCCGUAUGCCCCCAAGUUGACAUCUUCCGUGGCCGAGCAUAAGCGCUCGGUUAGGCCCAAGCGCCGAGUCCAGGCUUCCAAGAACCCUCUCAAAUUGCUGGCAGCAAGAGAUGACCUCCUCCAGGAAUACACAGAGCAAAGGCUCAACGUUGCCUUCAUGGAGUCCAAGCGGAUGAAAGUGGAGAAGAUGUCGGCCAAUUCCAACUUCUCAGAAGUGACGCUGGCAGGCCUGGCCAGCAGGGAGAACUUCAGUAACAUCAGCCUGCGGAGCGUCAACCUGAUGGAGCAGAACUCCAACAACAGCGCCGUGCCCUACAAGAAGCUCAUGCUGCUGCAGAUUAAAGGUAGAAGACAUGUUCAGACAAGGCUGGUGGAGCCUCGAGCCUCGUCACUCAACAGUGGGGACUGCUUCCUUCUGCUCUCUCCCCAGUACUGCUUCCUGUGGGUAGGAGAGUUCUCAAAUGUCAUCGAGAAGGCAAAGGCAUCUGAACUUGCAACAUUAAUUCAGACAAAGAGGGAGCUUGGUUGUAGAGCUACAUACAUCCAGACCAUUGAGGAAGGGAUUAACACACACACUCACGCAGCCAAAGACUUCUGGAAGCUCCUGGGUGGCCAGACCAGUUACCAGUCUGCCGGAGACCCAAAGGAAGAUGAACUGUACGAGACAGCCAUCAUAGAGACGAACUGUGUCUACCGCCUGACAGACGACAAGCUCGUCCCUGAAGAUGACUACUGGGGGAAGAUUCCCAAGUGCUCCCUUCUGCAGUCCAAAGAGGUCCUGGUGUUUGACUUUGGAAGUGAAGUUUACGUGUGGCAUGGGAAGGAAGUCACGUUAGCACAACGGAAAAUAGCAUUCCAGCUGGCCAAGCACUUGUGGAACGGAACCUUUGACUACGAGAACUGUGACAUCAACCCUCUGGACCCUGGCGAGUGCAACCCGCUCAUUCCCAGGAAAGGGCAAGGACGACCUGACUGGGCCAUAUUUGGGAGAGUUACGGAGCACAACGAAACUAUUCUGUUCAAAGAGAAAUUCCUCGACUGGACAGAACUGAAGAGACCCACAGAGAAGAAUUCUGGGGAAGUUGUCCAGCAGAAGGAUGAUCCUAGGGCUGACACCAAGCCCUAUGAUGUGGCACGGAUGGUGGCAAUGCCCCAGAUGGCAGCCAGCACCAUCCUGGACGGGGUGAAUGUUGGCCGCGGCUAUGGCCUGGUAGAAGGAGAUGACAGGAGACAAAUUGAGAUUGCCACCGUCUCUGUAGAUGUGUGGCAUAUCCUGGAAUUCGACUACAGCCGGCUCCCCAGGCAGAGCAUCGGGCAGUUCCAUGAGGGGGAUGCCUAUGUGGUCAAGUGGAAGUACAUGGCGAGCACAGCAGUGGGAAGCCGACAGAAGGGAGAGCAUCCGGUGAGAGUGGCCGGCAAAGAGAAGUGUGUCUACUUCUUCUGGCAAGGCCGGCACUCAACCGUGAGUGAGAAGGGGACGUCAGCUCUGAUGACGGUGGAGCUGGAUGAAGAGAGGGGGGCCCAGGUCCAGGUUCUGCAGGGAAAGGAGCCCCCCUGUUUUCUUCAGUGUUUCCAGGGAGGUAUGGUGGUGCACUCUGGACGAAGGGAAGAGGAAGAAGAAAAUACACAAAGUGAUUGGAGACUGUACUGUGUGCGAGGAGAGGUGCCCAUGGAAGGGAACUUGCUAGAGGUGGCCUGUCACUGCAGCAGCCUCAGGUCCAGGACUUCCAUGGUUGUUCUGAACGUGAACAAGGCCCUUAUUUACCUGUGGCAUGGAUGCAAGGCUCAGGGCCACACGAAGGAGGUUGGAAGGACUGCUGCGAAUAAAAUCAAGGAACAAUGUCCCCUGGAAGCAGGAUUGCACAGCAGCAGCAACGUGACAAUUCAUGAGUGUGACGAAGGAUCCGAACCCCUGGGCUUCUGGGAUGCUUUGGGGAGGAGGGACCGGAAGGCCUACGACUGCAUGCUUCAAGAUCCUGGAAGUUUUAACUUCGCGCCCCGACUGUUCAUCCUCAGCAGCUCCUCUGGAGACUUCUCGGCGACAGAGUUUGUGUACCCUGCGCGAGCGCCCUCUGCCGUCAGCUCCAUGCCUUUCCUGCAAGAGGAUCUGUACAGCGCCCCGCAGCCAGCACUCUUUCUUGUUGACAAUCACCAUGAGGUGUACCUCUGGCAAGGCUGGUGGCCCGCCGAGAACAAGAUAACUGGCUCUGCCCGCAUUCGCUGGGCCUCAGACCGGAAGAGCGCCAUGGAGACGGUCCUGCAGUAUUGCCGAGGAAAGAAUCUCAAAAGGCCACCCCCCAAGUCUUACCUUAUCCAUGCUGGGCUGGAGCCCCUGACGUUCACCAACAUGUUUCCCAGCUGGGAACAUAGAGAGGAUAUUGCCGAGAUCACAGAAAUGGAUACUGAGGUUUCCAACCAGAUCACCCUGGUGGAAGAUGUCUUAGCCAAGCUCUGUAAAACCAUCUACCCACUGGCGGAUCUGCUUGCCCGGCCACUCCCAGAGGGAGUAGACCCUCUAAAGCUUGAGAUUUACCUCACGGAUGAAGACUUCGAGUUUGCACUAGACAUGACCAGAGAUGAAUUCAACGCACUGCCCACCUGGAAGCAAGCGAGCGUAAAGAAAGCGAAGGGCCUGUUCUGAGGGCGACAGGACAGCAUCACCAGGAGGUUGCUUCUCAUGCCGCUAGGCCAGAAAAUGGAUAUAUUUUUGGACUGGUAUUUUUUUCUGUCAAAGAGCAAAGUAUUUUCGAAUCAGUUUUUCCAAACCUGACCUUAUUAACUCUACGGCUUGUCCAGGAGUUGAGCAUUUUGUAAAUGUGUAGGAGGACUCUUGGGAUCAUUCUUUUCCGUGGUUCAGGUAAACUGAGAAACCCAUCUCUUCUGUUCACUCAGCCGAGUUCUGCCUCAGCAGCCACUGCAGCCCUGCCCUCCUGCUUCAGCUCGGCAUUACCUUUUAUAAAGCAAUUCUCUUUAUAAAGUGUUAUUUUGAUAGUUUGUGGAUUCUAAAUAUAUAUAUAUAUAUUUAUAUAAACACCGUAUAAAUCAAAUAUGUAUUUAACAAAGCAGUAUGUAUUCAUUCACUUUCAAUUCUUUUCCUUUGGUGUAAAAACAAUAUUACAAGGUAGACAGAGUGGCUUCUGUUGAGUUAGGCCUGCCAGCAGUCUGUCAUUAGGUGUGUUGUCUGUCCCACCGUCCCCCUCCCCCAUCCCCAGGAGUGCCUCCUUCAGCCUUAGGUCUGGCAUGUGCUGAGUUCCGCUUCUGGUGCUAAAGCGAACAAAGACUUACUUCCUGGUGUGGACUCUGAAGAAUCUAUGCGAACCAACCUUUCUACCUUAAUACCCCCCAGAAAUGUAUAGUGCCUUGUUUUAUGUACAGUUUAUAUACAGAAAAGUUUGCUCUGCUUUUUUUGAUGCUGGUUUGGAACAUUAUAGUUUUAUUCUCAAUAGUAGAAAUAAAACAUCUCAAUUUCUCAUACCCAUUAUAAACAUUACACAUGUCAUUUUGUGACACAGGACUCCAAAAUAAA